AUAAAACAAAAAAAUUAAAUAAAUAAAAAAAAAUGGCAGACGGAGACUCACCCGCAGUUGUAAUUGAUAAUGGAUCUGGUAUGUGUAAAGCAGGAAUAGCUGGAGAUGACGCCCCAAGAGCAUCAUUCCCUGCAAUAGUAGGAAGACCAAAAAUGCCCGGUAUUAUGGUUGGAAUGGACCAAAAAGAAUGCUAUAUUGGAGACGAAGCCCAAGCCAAAAGAGGUGUUUUAAACUUAAAAUAUCCUAUAGAGCAUGGUAUAGUAACAGACUAUGAUGAUAUGGAAAAAAUAUGGCAUCAUUGUUUCUUUAAUGAACUUCGUGUUGCUCCUGAAGAACACCCUUGUUUAUUAACUGAAGCUCCUUAAAAUCCUAAAUUGAAUCGUGAAAAGAUGACUAAAACAAUGUUUGAGACAUUUAACGUACCCGCUUUUUACGUUGCUAUCUAAGCAGUGCUUUCUUUAUAUGCAUCAGGUAGAACUACUGGUAUUGUAGUUGAUUCUGGAGAUGGUGUAACUCAUACAGUCCCUAUUUAUGAAGGUUAUGCUCUUCCUCAUGCUAUUUUAAGAAUUGAUUUGGCUGGAAGAGACUUAACUGAUUAUAUGAUGAAACUUUUAUACGAAAUUGGACUUAAUUUCUCAUCUUCUGCUGAAAAAGAAAUCAUUAGAGAUAUCAAAGAAAAAUUAGCUUAUGUCUCUCUUGAUUUCGAUUAGGAAAUGAAAAGUUAUGAAAAUACUUCUUAAAAUGAUAAACCUUAUGAAUUACCUGAUGGUAAUAUUAUUACUGUAUAAAACUAAAGAAUUAGAUGCCCUGAAUUAUUGUUCAAGCCAGCUCUUAUUGGUAAAGAAUUUCCUGGUAUCCAUGAAUUGAGUUUCAACUCUAUCAUGAAGUGUGAUGUUGAUGUCAGAAAAGAUCUCUAUAAUAAUGUCGUACUUUCUGGUGGUACUACUAUGUUCCCUGGUAUUGCUGAAAGACUUUCUAAAGAAAUUAGUGCUUUAGCACCUUCUUCUAUGAAAAUUAAAGUUGUUGCACCCCCUGAGAGAAAAUAUUCUGUCUGGAUUGGUGGUUCUAUUUUAUCUUCUUUAUCCACUUUCUAAACUAUGUGGAUUACUAAAGCUGAAUACGAAGAAGCUGGUCCUUCUAUUGUUCACAGAAAAUGUUUCUGAUAAGAACUUUUAUUUUAUUUUAUUUUAUUUGUCGGUUUUUUAUUUAUUUUUAAUAUUAAAAAAUUUUAUAAUAAAAAAAAAUUAGGGUUUUCAUUUUUUUUAUAUUUUUUUUCGAUUAAAUAAGAUUUUUUUAAAAAAAUAUUUUAUAAUAAUGC